ACCCAAAGGACAGGCACAAGUCUCUCAAACCAUGGCCAAGUGGGUGCUAAUUUUUGCACUGGUCCUGGUGUCAGCGGCGGCACUUCCGUCCAAAAAGGGAGGCUGCGCCGCACCAACCGCGACUCCGAAGCCAAUCCCGAACCCGUGCUUUGCAAAUCAUGGAAGUACCGUUGACUGCAGCAAAGCAGGUGCAAAUCUUACUUUGGAGGAAAGGCAAACCGGAUUGUACUAUUUUGAUAGGAGUGUUAAAACCUGGUCAGAAGCCUAUGAGUUUUGCAAAACCAACAACAUGCACUUAGCAAAUGUGUAUAAUCAGGCGAUUUAUGAUGAUUUGUGGCUAUCGGCUGACGGCCCAAAUAAUCACUAUCACUACUGGGUUGGAGGCUCGGACAUCAAUUUUGAUACGACCGACGUGAGGUGGACAGACGGAACUCCAGUGAAUCAAAGUCUGUGGGUCAUUCCACCUGAACCAUCCUCCGACAAUUGUGCCAUGCUUUGCUUCCCACUGCACGCGAUUCCUUGCAAUGGUGUUGGUUCCCCAAAUAAUGGUUUCAUUUGCCAAGUUCCUCAAUGCUGUCUUGCCACUUAAAAACAUACUUUAAAUCAAAUAUGCAAAAGUGUCUCUGUGAUUUGGGAAAAUUGUAUUAAUUUAAAAAAUAAUGUGUAAAGAAUGUGAUAUCUUAUAAAAUGUGUAAAAUUCAAUAAAUACUAAAUACUUUCGUUAUUUCUACAU